GGAAAGCUGCGGCGGGAAGAUCUGUCCGUCCUGUAAUGGUGGUUACCUCAUAGCUGUGGUGAAUAGGGAAGUGUGAGGAUUCAACGUGACUUAAGAGCGCUCGCAUCUGCUCGUGAGAGGUCUUCAUGCUGCGCACUGUGUUAUACGGUUCACCUUUUAGCAGUGAAUAGAGAUCAUCUAGGAUCGGAGACACCAGAACCACCCGUUCUAUCAGCUCAGUGCGAUAUUUGUCCACAAAAUGCUGCUCAUCUGCAAUGAGAAGAUACAACAUGAGAGAUUGUCUAUCACCCCUAUAUCUUCUAUGAAGAAGCCUCCAUUAAUAUGUCGUCCCCUGAGCCGCUUCCUCAGUCCCUUCUGGAAAAACAUAAUAACGCAGAGGUCAGAGGAGACCACAAGGUGUCUCCUUCCUCCACGUCCCCGGUGACUUCCUGGUCAACCUUCAGAAUGGCGAACCCCCAGCUAGUACAGGGCAUGCAGAACGACCUGACCUGUCAGCUGUGUCUGGAGCUCUUCCGAUCACCUAUCACACCUGAAUGUGGACACACGUUCUGCCAGAGCUGCCUGACCCAGACCCCCAAGAGCCCGGAACAAAAUGGCUCCACACUCUGCCCUACAUGCCAGGCCCCGAUCCGCCCUGAAACCCUUCACAUCAAUCGUCAGCUGGAACAUCUGGUCCAAAGCUUCAAGCAGGUCCCACAGGGUCAUUGUCUGGAACAUCUGGACCCGCUGAGUGUCUUCUGUGAGCAGGAUAAGGAGCUGAUCUGUGGGGUGUGCGCCUCCCUGGGGAAACACAAGGGCCACAACAUCAUCACCGCCUCCGAGGCCCACACCAAAAUGAAGAGACAACUCCCCCAGCAGCAGGUUGUUCUGCAGGAGGCCCGAUUGAGGAAGGAGAAGACGGUGGCUCUGCUGGACAGACAGGUGGCUGAAGUGAAGGACACAGUUUCCCGGUUUAAGUCCAGUGUGAAGGAUCAGCUGAACACCAUGCGCUCCUAUCUGAACAUCAUGGAGUCCUCACUAUGUAAAGAGGCAGACAAGGCCGAGGUAAAUGCCAGCGCCGCCCUCCUGGGGGAGAGGAAGACCAUGGCCCAUUAUGUGGAGCAGCUCGGCCAGAUGGACGGAGUCCUGAAAGACCUGGAAGGACAGGAACAGACAGAAUUCCUGCGGAAAUUUUGCGUGGUGUCUUCCAGACUUGGUAAAAUCUUGUCGGAGUCUCCUCUUCCCGGGCGCCUGGAUAUUCAGCUUCCCAUUAUAUCUGAUGAGUUCAAGUUCCAGGUGUGGAGGAAGAUGUUCCGGGCGUUAAUGCCAGCUUUGGAAAACCUGACCUUUGACCCAGACACAGCCCAGCAGAACUUGGUGGUCUCGGCAGACGGUAAAUCAGUGGAGUGUUCUGACCACAAGCAGCCUGUGUCCGACGAUCCCGGACGCUUCGACAAAGGCAACUGUUUGGUCACCAAAGAAAGCUUCACUGAAGGAGAACACUACUGGGAGGUGCUGGUGGAGGACAAGCCAAGGUGGGCACUGGGCGUCAUCUCCGAAACCGCCAACCGCAAGGGCAAGCUGCACGCCUGCCCCUCCAAUGGCUUUUGGCUCAUUGGUUGCAAGGAAGGGAAGGUGUACGAGGCCCACGCGGAGCAGAAGGAGCCACGUCUCCUGCGGGUGGACGGGCGCCCGGAGAAGAUUGGCGUCUACCUGAGCUUCUCUGACGGGGUCAUCUCCUUCUUUGAUUCGGGUGAUGAGGACAAUGUGAAACUCCUGUACACCUUCCACGAGCGCUUCUCUGGGCGCCUCCAUCCCUUCUUUGAUGUUUGCUGGCACGACAAGGGAAAGAACAGCCAACCCCUGAAGAUCUAUGUGCCAACUGGAGGCCACUGAUUGCCACCAGGGCACAGUCUAUAUAGACGUAUAUAUGUAUAACACAUAGCCACACAUGGGCAUAUAUAUAUAUAUAUAUAUAUAUAUAUAUAUAUAUACAUAUAUAUAUAUAUAU